CAUGCGCCUUCCCUCGACGACUAUAUUUUGGAGGUGCUAGUAAAUGAGCAGGUCGUUGACAUUCUCCCGCAUGUUCCUCGUAAGGAGUUGACGCUGAGGAGGGUGCUGGAGUACUUUUCCGGUUGCAGCCUCCAGGAGUAUGACCACGACGCCCUGUGUACCCUUAACGAAUCUUCAUCGCGGCCCCCCGCCCUUAAGCGUACUGAACUGUGA